CGUGUUCAAGAAACAGAGAGAAACGGGCCUAGGAUUCCUUUUCGAUCAAAGUAUAGGUAGGUACGCAAUCCUUAUUACAUAUGCUUCAAUGCAUCUCGGACCCUAUUGUCAUAAAAACUGUCAUCGUACCUGGCUAGGAACACCACAGCUGCCUAGCCGCCAUCCUGGAAAAGGCUUUAUUUAGACUGUGAUAGAUCGGACGUUAGGGCCACUUAGGCAUCAAGGACCUUUUUACAUUUAGGCAUGGCAUCGAUAGUCUUAUGCACUGCCUGGACCAGGGUCUGCCCAUAAAUCGCGGGGAAAACGCCGCAUAUCACGAAGCGCCGCAGCAACAAUUCAUCGCGAAUCCGUCAAUAUGGUCUCACAAAACGAAAUUCGCAUAUUGUACCUCUUUCCGCAUAACGGGGACAAGGAUGCCUUGCUCAAGUGCGAUGUUAAGGUCGCAUCACUUGAGACUGACCCCGAGUACGAGGCCGUCUCGUACGUCUGGGGGAGUAGCGACUCCCUCAUCGAUAUUGAAGUCUCGGGCAGCAAGGUCGGGGUGACGAAGAAUCUACAUUCGUUUUUGCAACGGCUGCGACUGGCAGACAAGACCCGGGCGCUGUGGAUCGACCAGCUCUGCAUCAACCAGUGGGACACGAAGGAAAAGGCUCAACAGGUCCGUCAGAUGCGGGACAUCUACACCAAGUGUCGGCACUGUCUCCUGUGGAUGGGUGAUAUCAAAGACGGAAUUCCUCAAGCCGACGCCGAGAAUGCGUUGGUACUUCUCAAGUACAUGGCGGCCGUUUUUGAGGCCGAAGACAAAGAAAAGGUUACUUGUCCAUCUUUGCUUGAAUCCGACGCAUCUUUUGAGGGGCCGCUCAGAGCAUUGGAGUCCCUGGGCAUCGAUAGCAACCCUUGGUGGGCACGAGUGUGGACAGUUCAAGAGGCUGUUCUUCCCCCAGAGCAGACGAUUCUUUGGGGACCACUGGCGAUGCCGUGGCAAACGAUGAUGCACGCCACAAGAACCUGGACAGGGGAUAUGCCGCGCAUCCUGCAUGAGCGCUUUGGGGCCUUUAGCACCGGGCCCUUGGGUGGUCUGAUGGCCAUGGCAAUAUGGCUGGACAUUGCCAAGCUUCGAAUCGACAGCCCGGCCCAUUUGGUAAAUCGCUGGCGGUUCCGACAAGCUACAGAUCUUCGCGAUAAGAUCUAUGCUCUAAUGGGACUGUGUCCAGCCGGAACGCUAUCAUCGGUCGAGAGGUGUGACUAUGACCUGCCAGUUGUGGAUGUAUUUUGCGAUUUGACCUUUGACCUGAUGGUGAGCGAUGAGAGUCUUCUCCCUCUUAUUAUGGACCCGAGGUUGGAAAUUGAAAAGGCAACGCCCGGCAUGCCUCGUUGGGCGCUCGAUGCAGCAUACAUCUCCGAUAGAAACACCGACUGGUUUCACCUCUUUGCAUGGCCCGAAUACCAGGCCCAUGGCGGAAGGCAUCUCAACAUUGGCAAUAUGCUCAGGAGACGGGAGGAAGCGAGGUACACAUUAGAGUUGCAGGGAGUCUUCGUCGACACUAUUGAGACUGUCGGAGAAAUAUGGCUGAACCCACCGCCGCCAGGUACCGAUCAAAACACGGCUCAGCGCGAGCGAAUCCGCAGUUGGGAGCUCAUUGCCCAAGAGCACCUCAAACGACUGACCCCAGAGUCGCCAGAGACGUAUCCCGGAGGGUUAUCGUUUCACGAGGCAUUCGGGAGGCUCAUGCUCGGCGACAUUUUGAGGAACGACGAGCAAAGAGUCGAAGCCCGGGCCGAUGACGAGGACGUGGGAGCGGUCUACAAGUUCCUCGAAAAUGGCGAGCGAUACUGGACACACCGAACUGUCUGGGGGAUGAUGUCAAACCAGAGGUUCUUCAUGACCAAGACAGGCCUGAUGGGCAUCGGCCACAUGGAUACGCAGCCCGGCGAAGAGGUCUGGGUCUUCCACGGAGGCAAUUACCCGUUUACCGUGAGGCGCAGAGAUGGCGGCGAGAAUGAGUAUGACUUUGGAGGCCGUUGCUAUGUGCAGGGCAUGAUGUAUGGCGAGGCGUUUGAGCGCGGCCAGGAGACUCAGACGGUGACGAUUUAUUAGAGGGGCAAUUUGCGCUGUGUGUCUCUCGGCCUAUCAGGGAUGAAUGAUACAGAACCGACGGCAUGGGAGCUGGCAGACGUCUAAGCGCGUAAAGGUUUUCAUCCUGUAUUCGUACUUGAGAUUGUAUCCCUUGCCAUCUGCCCAUUGCGCAGCCAAGUCGAGUGACGCGGAAACCGUCCCCCCGGGAGACAAGGGUCCAGGUCAGAUCGUCCCUGAGCCGCAAAUCUCGGUAACUUGCAAUGCCGGGAGCCUCAUGAUAAGGCCAUGGCAGUCAGAACCUGCAAGGUCGUUUUUGGGCACCAAACUGGACUUGUUGUGGUGGUGGGAAAAAGCUGAUUCACGUCGACCUUCGGGAGUUUGGUCCGAAAUCCUGGCUAGAGCCUUGCCACGCUCAGUCUCUGAGUAACCCAGAUAGACAGAUAGUGGGCAGGUUGAC